AUGUCCAUGCAUCCGAAGAUCUCCAUCAAUUCUCACGAGAAUCUUACCAACGACCUUCACGCCCGAUACCGAACCGAGAGCAAAGCCCUAACGGCAAAGCACAAGAUGAAGACAACAACUCUCCUCAACAAGAUCCAAACAGCCAAUACCCGCCACAAAAAGCUUGAGUCUACGCUCCAGAAAGACGUCCGUCGUUUGAAGAAGAAGCUCGCAAAGCGUUGCAGCAAGUUUCUUCGUGAUCUAAAGGCCACCUCUUCUCUUGACGAUGGUUUCGAUUUGGACUCGGACAAUAUCAUCGACACAGAUGAGAGUGCGUUUGAACCCGCUGGUUCCUUCGAGACCGUCAUCGAGGAUGGCCGUCCUUUCCUCUUCGAAUCAGAGACUGUCAGAAUGCAGAGUACCGCCACUGAAACAUCGAUUGGCGAGACAGAGAUGAAGCUCUGGAAACUGCGUGAAUUCCUGCGCAGGGAUAAGGGAAACGUUUGGGUGAAGUUGGAAGCCAGGUGGAACGAGGAUGUCGCAGGCAAUGAUCCCUUGAAGACGCGACGACUCUCUCCAAACUCAUCUGGUCAGAGAAACCCCGGAGAAUCUUAUGUUGGAUGUGUAGCCUCAAGCAUAAAAGUUCGUUCACAUAGGGACAGUUACCCGGGCACAUGA